AUGGAGCUGGUGGUGCGGAGUGAAGUCAUUCUCUCAGUUUACAUAAUUGCCUUCCUGAUAGGCCUGCCAGCCAACCUCCUGGCUCUCUAUGCCUUCAGUGUAAAGAUCCACUCCAAGCCACAUCCAACAAACAUCCUGCUACUCAAUCUGAUCGUCUCUGAUCUGCUCUUCUUGAUCAUCCUUCCCCUCAAGAUGCAUGAGGCAGCAUCGGGCAUGAUGUGGAAACUACCCAAUUUCCUGUGCUCCAUCACCUCCUUCACCUUCUUUUCCACAAUCUACACCAGCUCUUUGUUGCUGAUGGCAGUGAGUGUGGUUCGAUACAUAGCUGUAGCUUUUCCUAUCACCUAUCGUCAGCUGCAGAAACCUGUGUAUACAAUAGUGAUCAGCGCUAUUAUUUGGAUUAUCUCAGCAGCACACUGCAGCAUCACUUUCAUCACCCAACACCACCCUUCCCUGUCCAGCAACAACACCGGUGUGUGUUAUGAGAACUUUACAGAGAAGCAGUUGAAGGUCCUCCUCCCAGUACGUUUGGAGUUUUUCUUUGUGCUCUGCCUUAUACCUCUCCUAAUUUGUAUUUACUGCUACUUGAGCUGCAUCUGGAUCCUGUACAGCCGCCCUAUGAUAUCCCGGAUGCAGAAGCAGAAGGCCAUCGGCAUGGCCUUGGGGACUCUAGCUGUGUUUCUCAUUUGUGUGUUGCCAUAUAACAUCUCACAUGUACUGGGCUUCUUUCAGGGUGAGAGCCCAAAAUGGAGGUACUACACCCUGCUGCUUAGCACCUUCAACACCUGUAUUGAUCCCAUAAUCUUCUACUUUUCCUCCUCUGCCUUCCGCUGCACUGGUGAAAAGUCAGUUUUCGGGAAUUGUAGAGUAACUGUUUCAGGAUCACAUACGGAGGGCACAAUCUCUGGCAAAGAGUAAAACAUGAUUUCAGUACUAUACAGUAUACCCAACUUCAAUGUUUUUUUUGUAUUGUAUACUGUAUUACAGACCUUAUUGCCAUAUUUAACAGUUAAUUUAUACAGCGUCUCACAUGUAGGUUUACUGGUUAUUGGGUAACAAAAAUGCUUUUAUGGGUGAUUAAAUCCUACUCAAAGGGACUGUGCUGCUUUCUACCCCAAACCACUGUAGACCAUCUUAUGACAAAACCACAAGACACAUUAGGUGCAUAUGCAAAUCCAAAACUUAUUGUUCUGUAUAAGUCCUUUUAUUUUUGAAUGGGAAUUUGCAUCCUUGACACAUUAUUUCCUGUUGGUGAACCAGCCACUGUUCUGCACUCAUGCACUCUAUAGGCACACGUGUAGAAUUUAC